UGUUUGAGAGAGGCGUGACUCAUGAACUCGCGUAGUCUCGCGAGAAGUCAGAUCUCUAAUGUUGAAGAAGUGACUGUGUGGCUGCUGUAAACAUGCUCAAAGCAAUAAACAAGACAAAUCUGAGGCAGUUGUCUGGUCUGAUUCAGAGGUUUCAGAGCACUCUGGUUGUGGCCGAACACAACAAUGGCAUGCUGACCCCCAUCACCCUGAACGCCAUCUCCGCUGCCAAAAAAGUGGGCAGUGAAGUGUCCUGUUUGGUCGCUGGAACGGACUGUGCGAAGGUUGCAGAACAGCUGUCCAAAGUUCAAGGGGUGAAGAAAGUUCUGGUUGCUCAGCAUGAAGCCUACAAGGGGUUAUUGCCAGAGGAGCUUACACCACUCAUCUUGGCAACCCAGAAACAGUUUAGUUUCACACACAUCUGUGCUGGAGCCUCUGCUUUCGGAAAGAAUCUCCUCCCGAGAGUGGCAGCCAAGUUGGACGUGGCUCCAAUUUCAGACAUCACUGAGAUCAAAUCCCCAGACACUUUCGUGAGGACCAUUUAUGCUGGAAAUGCCCUCAGCACAGUCAAGUGCAAUGAAAGCAUCAAGAUCUUUACCGUUCGAGGGACCUCCUUUGAGCCCGCCGCCACUGAAGGAGGCAGCGCCUCUUUAGAAGAAGUCUCGCCGUCUACCCCUGCUGGACUCUCUGAGUGGCUGGAACAAACUCUGACCAAGAGUGACCGUCCAGAGCUCACCAGUGCUAAAGUGGUCGUGUCAGGAGGGAGGGGCUUGAAGAGCAGCGAGAACUUCAAACUGCUCUACGACCUCGCUGACCAACUCAAUGCAGCUGUUGGCGCCUCCAGAGCUGCCGUUGACGCUGGCUAUGUCCCCAAUGACAUGCAGGUUGGACAAACUGGAAAGAUUGUAGCUCCAGAGCUGUACAUUGCUGUUGGCAUCUCUGGAGCUAUCCAACAUCUCGCUGGAAUGAAAGAUAGCAAGAGUUUUUCAAUGGGGUUCAGGUCUGGAGAUUGGGCUGGCCAUGAUAGGGUCUUGAUCCGGUGGUCCUUCAUCCACACCUUGAUUGACCUGGCUGUGUGGCAUGGAGCAUUGUCCUGUUGGACAAACCAAUCCUCAGAGUUGGGGAACAUUGUCAGAGCAGAAGGAAGCAAGUUUUCUUCCAGGAAAACCUUACCAUUGUGGCCAUUAACAAGGACCCAGAAGCUCCCAUUUUCCAGGUGGCUGACUAUGGCCUAGUGGCAGAUCUGUUCAAGGUUGUACCUGAGUUGACCGAAGCCCUGAAAAAGUAAGAAUCCUAAAUAAAGACUGUACCUACAUGGAAACAUGCAGGAGAACUUCACUGGGAACUUCUUGACAUCUGCCUUAAGAUCAGAGUGCUCUACUGAAGAUCACCUCUCUUGAAGAUUACGAUUUCAUGUACUACCAACCACUGAUUUAGACAACUUACCCUUUUUAAUAAAAGCAUUGAAGAACUCUGUGA